CCCACCCCAACGCCACUCCUCUGCUGGACAUCAGAGGAUAACCUCAGAGAUUAGUCCGCAAGCGUCCGCCCGAAAUGUUCACACCCAUGGAUUCAUUAUUAGGCACUGCUUGAUGUAGAGCGCUCCUCUUGUGAGCGUCUGCUUUGAUUUGUUAUCUAGACAAGCGAAGAAAGGUGCCGUCUUGGGCUCUUCCUUGGCUUCGAUCGACAAGAGAGGAGAGGAGUCACCUUCGCGUGCUUCUUCUCUGGUUUUUUAUCGGGACGAGCGGAGAAAGGUGCUGUCUUUAUGGCUCCACGGUGAGAUAAGGGAAGAAAAGUGCCACCUUGGGCUCUUCCGUGGCCUCUGUUGCAGUUUCCGAUAGAGAAGAGAGAAGAAAGGAGUCAGCUUUGGUGUCUCGGGAGCUAUGUCCGGCGAGGCGGAGAAUUGUGGCUCCGUUCUUUUCCUGGGGCUGCCGGACGACGUACUGGCGCUCAUCUCCGCCCGCCUCCGCCCCCGCGACCUCUGCGCGCUCGGCCUAUGCUGCCGUGGCCUCCACGUCGCCGUCGCGGCCUCCGAGAAGGCCUGGCUCGUGCAGUGCCUUCGCCUCGGCCCCCCGCCCCACCUCCUUCCCCGGUGGCGCAGGGGCGUCCGCUCCUACGGCGCCCUCUGCCGCUUCCUCGCAGCCGUUGCGCCGCUCCUCGGCAUAUGGGUGCACCAGAAUCCGGAGCUCGGCAACGUCGUCUGCGUCGUGUGGGGCUUCCUCUCCGUCGUCGGCGUCCGCGUCAUCCCCCAGGAGCUCGGGUAUCUGGGCCUAGACGCCGGGCCUCUCCUCUGGGCGCCGGUUUUCGAGAUCCUCGCCGACGCCAAUGGCUCGCCCUCUCGCUUCUUCCUCCAUGGCCGAGACUGCGGCGAGGACUGCCUCCACCCGGGCUCCGUUCGAUCCAUCGACUCCUCUUGCAACGUCCUCUUCCUGGAGGCCGAUUCCCGUCCCCAAGAUUCCGCCUUUCCUCCAAGACCGCUCCAUUUGCCCCCCGCCCGGAGCUUCUCUUCCGUUUCUGGAUCGAAGGAUCCAGAUUUGGCAAGAAAAUAUUCCCGGUCCCGCACCACUGUCGCCUCCCGUUCCUCGGUCGCGCCGCCUCCGCCUUCUUCUUCCCCAUCCUUCAGCCGAUUGCCGUUCAGCGACCGCCGCCGGCUUCUAGAACUGGUGGCGGCCAGAAUCCGCCUCAAGGUUCCCCGGGAUCUGGCCGCUGCUCCUCUCUUUGAACGUUCUUCCUUCUGCGAUGAUGCCAAUCUCUUGGCUAAUCGAAGGUUGGAGCUCAUCGAAAUGCUCAAACUUAGCGGAGGGUGGAUCGAUCGGAUGGCGGCAGAGUUAGCAUUGAGCUUGACGGAGCAUCGGAACGCUGCAAGCAGCAACGCCGUCGACCACCGGACGAGAACUGCCACUGACAAAAGAAGAGCCUUCUCCUCCGUGGCCGGGUACUUGAAACAAUUCAUGGGCAGGUCUACCUCUCCUAACGUUCCGAUUUCAAGAAACGGGAAUCCUGUGGGCGGCGGCAAGAACAAGCACGCGCAGCUCCACGAGUUCUUGAGGUCAGGCGACGUGAUCGGGCUGAGCUUAAGAGCAACCCACAUGAGGGUAACCACGUACAGGGCGUGGCCAAACAUGCACGACAGCAGGUUUGCGCUGUACAAGCUCCCAUUGCAGGCCCCAAUGGCGUGCCAGGAGCACGCAGGCCUGUGGGGCGGCACCUUUGGCUGGCCACCGGGACAGCCCUCCGAGGGCAAAUCAGGGAAGGCCUUGUUCUUCUUGUUGCUUUCUUAUGAGGAGGUCAACGGCCACCCCCUUCUCAUUGCCACCAAGAUACUGGAAGGAACCCACUAUGUCCUCCAUCCCAAUGGCUCCGCAAUGUUCAUUGUGAAAAUGGAUGAGACCACAUCAGAGCCAUUCCCAUGGGAGACCGACGGCGAAUCUCUUCAGGUGGAAGUGAAAUCUAGUCACUCAGGGGAGGGGAUCGCGAAUGGUUACGGUUUCCGAUACCCAGGAUCCAAGCCUGGCUCACUGUUUGUGCUACAGAAUGGACUGUUGGCAUUUGUGUGGAAGGAGUCCCAGUCCAUCUUGACCUUGCAGAGGGUGGACUUGCAGGAGCUGCUAAAGAAAGGAGAAAGAGUGCCGGUGCUGCCACCAAUCGCAAACUUUGUCUAUCUUACAAAGUCUUACUCUAACGUUUUCACAGGCUUCCCUAUCAACUCAGGUCAUUCAUCCUCUCCAAACUAUGAUUAGUCCUGUUUAUUGUGCCUAUCCCUGUAUUUGAUUGAGAUUACGAGAUGAUCGGCCGCUACCAAAGUUUUUAUGAUCUCGAGUUUCCUAUGAAUCUGUUUGCAGCUAUAUUCACUUAAUUUUGAGUGUAUUAGCUUAUUGCACUCUAAACAAUAGUGUAGUUUAUUAUCCUAUUCGACCAUGUUUUCAUUGGUCUCUAAGCCACUCCAUGAUUCUGAACCGUAGAAAGCUUUACUAGGUUUUCAAUAUGCUACUUGAUGUCCUGCCUGAUUCAUGUGGUCUUUUGAUUUAUAGCA